AUGGGGAGCCAAUGCCUGCUCUUUAAGCUUGUAGGCACCCACACUUAUGAUCCAACAAAUUCAGAAUGUGAAGAUGAAGACACAACUACAGAGGAAAACAGCUUACCUAUGAGUAGGUACCCAACAGCUGCCAUUGCAGGUGGAACAUCUGCAGCUGUUAUCAUCUUCAUUGUGGCAGGUGUGGUACUCUUCAUCAUAUGGCGCAGGAAGUUCAAACCAAGGAAUAUGGGAAAGCACAAGACCCAAAGGGUGACCAUGAGUAGUUUACAGAAUGGACACCCCCACCCUACAGAAGAAGGUACAGUGGAUAAUGAAAUAUAUGCUGGCGAUGACGCGGGAAUCGUGGACAAUGUCAUCUACGAGGGAGGGGUGGGAGCGGAUGGGGUGUUCUCUAACCCUGGAUACGCUGACAAGACACCGCAGUUCAAACCACGCAUGGAUGCCCCUGGAGCAUUUGUACAGCCCAACCCAGGAGCAACUGACAAGACCCCCCAACCCCAGCGGAACAUUAUCAUCGAUGAGCCUCAGUAUGCACAGAUAGUUGACGACCAGUACGCGGAUCCUCAGAAAGUACGGGAACGCAAGGACAAGAAAAACAAAAAGAAAGCUGCCAAGGAUGAAAACUAUUCCAACCUAAAAGGGCCACACGAAAGACAGCCGGGUGCAAACAACUCAAACAGCAAUCACAUAUACCAGGGACUGAAUAAAGGUGCAGAUUAUCAAAGUUUACGGGGGCCGAGAGAGCAUCACGAAGUGAGACCAUCUGAGAAUCCCCAAACUCCGCAAGACGGACACGACUAUACUUCUCUUCAACCUGGAAGUUCAAAGCCAAGUGCGGGCACAUUGUCGAAGGAAGCAGACUAUACAGUGUUGGAAGGCCCAGACUCCCCUGGGGAGGAGACUGCAGCAGGGCCAGAUUACACCACCUUAGAUGGACCAGACUCCCCCGGGGAUGAGAGUACCUCAGGACCAGACUACACAGUUCUGGAUGGGCCAGAUUCACCAGGGGAUUAGAUAGAUAACAGCUUCAAAUACAAAAAAAUGUACCUCUUCAAAGUCAAGCAAUUGACUAUGCUUCCAGAGACAGAUAUAAUACAAAUCAAAAGACAUUGUAUUCAAGCCAGUGCCACUAUGUACAUUGUAUGUUUUGGAGGGAAACAGAUUGUAAUAUCUGAAAAUCGAAAAUGUUGAUGGGACCAUAUAGCAUAAUGAUGUGUUAAGUGAAAGAUCCUUCUUUAGACUGUAAUGUUAUAUUGUAACAUUUUACUUGUUGAAAUAACUUUGAUUCCUGAAAAAUUGAAUUCGGUGUAGCUUACUUGUUAUUUGCUUAUGAACCUAUGUUAUACAAAACCAUUCAAUUUGAAAGCCAAGGACAGACACUAUAAUGUACAUGUUUUUAUGCAAUUUAGAUUUACUUUCUUAAACUUGUCAGCAGAUUGAACAUGAUAUCAGUUAGUUCAACUGAAUCUUGUAAGAAAUUCUUCCAUAUCUCUUAUCCAAGUUACCCCAGACUGAAUCAAUAUGUGCAUUUAAUCAAGAAGGACAAACUGUAUUUUUAGCCAAUCUCUCCAGUGACAUAUUUGGAAGCCUGGAGGAGAUAAUUGUUAACUAUUAAUAACUCAGUAAGCAGAGAACAAGGUUAGCAUGUCUGUGUGGAAUGUGAGUCUGGCUGGGCGAGUGCAAAUGUUUGUGGAUCAGAUCUCAUGUCAAGUGCAAAGGUUCAUGUUCAUGGUGGUGGAUCAAGGGUGUCGUUACCAUGUGAUAUAGGGGAUAUGUCCUUAUUCUGACUUUUAUCGUUUCGGACUUACAUGUAUAGACUAAAUCUAAAAGUGUACCACAUAGGACUAUAAGAAAUUCCUCAAUUGAUGAUUAGAUUUCUGUUACAGUAAUGAUGGUCAGUACAUACUAGUUUACAAAAAUGGUGUCUGGUAAAAUAUGAAAAGGCUACCAAAGCUUGGCAAAGGCAACUUCUAAUUGCAUUUGUGUAAUACAAUUAGUAAUAUUUGCAAUAAAUAGUACAAGAUUACAACAUUUUGCCAUGUGAUAAGUUACUGAUAACCCCAACAAAAUCUACAUGUAAAAACUGUGACAGUAUAACUUCGUUAUAUCAAAGUUGAGUACAUUGGCAAUUGCUAAAUAAGCUUUGGCAACUGUUAAAUUUCAUGCUACCAAACUAAUAUCUUAUCUACUUUUACUAAAGUUUUAGGGAUGGUUUAGGAAUGAUUAUAAAUGGAUAUGUUCUAAUACAGGGAAAUAUGACCCUAGAAGUGAAGUAUGUCAGUGUUUGUGCAUGUGUACUCAUCUAUUUAGUAAGGCCCUGGCAGCUGUAGUGUGUGGUGUCAAAGUGCCAUUAAUUCUCCUGGAUAAUAUUUACUUACUGGGACAUUUUGUUGAUGUAGUUUCAGUGCUGACUAUCCUCCAAUUUCAACCAUGUUCACUAUGCAUACCUGUGUCUGUGAGGGAAGGCUCCAUGGCCUGGUUUAGAUUCAGAGGGAUUUGUGCAUCAGUCCAGGAAAGUCCAGAGUGUGGGGGGAGGAGCUGUUAGUGUGUCCAAUAUCUUGUUAAUUCUUAAGGUAGCUAUCUAUUCAUAAUGGAAAAUGAAAAUAGACGUGUCUCAUAGAACUGAAAAUCUGGUACGUCAGAUGCUGUAUUGGAAGGAGGAAAUUUACCGAAAAUGAACCAUAAAAUACCUCUUCAUUUUGUACAGGGAAAUCAAGUUGAAAAAUUAAUGUACCUCUCUGUAUCCAUACACUCACUAUCUACCAAUACUGACGUCAUACGAAUAACCUUCUCCCUGCUAACCUACUUCUUAAACUAAUACAAAUCCUGUACCAAAAGGCUAUCUCAGUUGGGAGAAGGUUAAAAACUGUCUUCAAUGUAGGUGUCAGGUCCAACAGACUGUGUUAGAGACACUGCAAUCUUGACUGCAUCAGUUUCAUGCUGCAAACUAGGCUUAAUUGGUGAUAAUUUCUCCUAGAGAAGAAACUACUGAGUGUCUUUGCCUGUUUUGGAGGUGAAUAAAAGAAGGGGAUAUAAAACUAUCAAA